AUGGCAUACCGUGGCCAGGACCAAAAAGUGCAGAAGGUGAUGGUUCAGUGUAACCUCAUCUUCAGAUACUUGCAAAAUAGAUCUCGAAUUCAGGUGUGGCUUUAUGAGCAAGUAAACAUGCGAAUAGUGGGCUGUAUCAUUGGUUUUGAUGAGUACAUGAACCUCGUAUUCGAUGAUGCUGAAGAGAUUCAUUCUAAAACAAAGUCAAGAAAACAAUUGGGUUGGAUCAUGCUAAAAGGAGAUAAUAUUACUCUGCUCCAAAGUGUCUCCAACUAG